AUGAAUGACUCGGAUUGGCUUCAGUCUGGUCAGAUGGCUCGCAAUCCCCGUGUAUACGGCUACCCGGACGAGCCAGGCUGGCCAGAUCCCGAUCCAUACACAACUCUAUUCGAAGGCGUGACCUUCCCACCCGCUGAGCCGACAACGCAAAGUCACCAGUGCCCACCGCAAGCUGCGGACCCCCUUAGUACCCCCUUCCAGUACUUCAAGGCACCUACCAGAGCGCGCCCAACCGUCGACAAUGGCGAUGCCAGGUCCUGGCUCGAUCUCGGUGACCAAGGCAUCGGAGUACCGCAGAGAUCGGAUUCCCCUCGCACGGACGACAGAUUGAGACAGGAGAUUGAAUACCUCAAGCAGAAGUAUACCGAGCUGGAAGUCAAGAUGAAGCAAAAUAACGAGACUGUUUCCGCCUAUAUCCAGGAACUCAAGGCUAUUAUGGAGAAGUUUAUCAAAAGUAACGCAAGGCCACAAGGCAGGGAGUAUAAUACACAGGAUACAUGGAUGGGAGGCAACGAGGAAGAGAGCAAAGAGUGCUGUAAGGAGGGGGAGUAG